AUGACUAUUACACCUGAGAAAAGGUUGGACUUCAUGACAAAGCUGCAUGAGCUGAGAACCCAAAGUCCUGCCUCCCCAGACGCUGACUCCUCGAAUGGUCUUACCACUGACUCAGCUGUAUCUCUGGACAAAACGACUUUGUGGAGAGCCUUACUUCUGCGAAACCCAACUUCGUCAUUUGAGAAGCCACCAAGCACUCUUGACGUUUCCCCCUCCACUUCGUCCGCAGAUGGGGAAUUCGUCGAAAACCCAAGAAGCCCUCGCCGCCGUCGCAGUGCCCAUACACGGAAUCAUCACCACAAUAAACACGGCCAGCUGAUGCGUGUCGGGUGCAUACUGGGUACGUGCCAAGUGCAGAACCUCAGCCAUCGACUUUACCAGCUGGUUGGCCAGACCGGAAGGGAAGACUCCUCCCCUAUGAAUCCGAACAGUCCUCACAGUUACGGAUGA